AAUGCCUCAUCUUGCAGUGUGCAGGAACAUAAUGCUCGAAAUGACCUCUAGCCAUCAUUUUUCGCAACAAGUAUAAUCCUGGGACAACAACUGCAAGCCCUUGUGAUGCAGACGAAGCGAGAAUUUAGAGUCCAAGGCGCUGGCAGCGGCUCCCACACGCAGUCAGCAUCGGAGGCCCGCGGUCUGGAGAAGUACGAGAAGCUAGGUAAGCUCGGCGAGGGCUCGUACGGCACCGUGUACAAGUGCCGUAACCGCGAGACGGGCCAGGUGGUGGCUAUCAAGAAGUUCCUCGAGGCUGAGGACGACCCCGUCAUUCGCAAGAUCGCCGUCAGAGAGGUCCGCAUGCUCAAGCAACUGAAGCACCCGAACCUGGUCAACCUGCUGGAGGUGUUCCGCCGCCGCAAACGACUGCACCUGGUGUUCGAGUUCUGCGACAGCACCGUCCUCGACGAGCUGGAGAAGUGUAACAGGGGAAUGGGCGAGGAGCGCGCGCGCAAGAUCACCUGGCAGGUGGUGCAGGCGGUGAACUUCUGCCACUCACGCAGCUGCAUCCACCGCGACGUCAAGCCCGAGAACCUGCUCAUCACGCACGACGACGUCGUCAAGCUCUGCGACUUCGGAUUCGCCCGGAGCAUGAGCGGUCAGGGGGAGAACCUGACGGACUACGUGGCCACGCGCUGGUACCGGGCGCCCGAGUUGCUGGUGGGCGACACGCAGUACGGACCGCCCGUCGACGUCUGGGCCAUCGGCUGCGUGCUGGCCGAGCUGGUGCGAGGCCACGCCCUCUGGCCGGGCCGCUCGGACCUCGACCAGCUCUACCUGAUCCGGAGGACUCUCGGUGAUCUUAUGCCGCGUCACAUGCAGAUAUUCAAGACCAACAGGUUCUUCCGCGGCAUGAGCAUACCUGAAACCGACAAGAGGGAUAGCCUCGAACAGAAGCUGGCCAAAUACUGCAGCAAAGACUGUGUCGACUUCAUCACGCGCUGUGUGGACAAGGAUCCGGAGACGAGGCCGACCUGCACCCAGCUGAUGAAGCACAAUUUCCUAAAGCAGUACUCCGAGAAGCAGCCGGUGGCGCGGCUUCCGCGGCUGCGUGGCGCCGACCAGUCCGCUGACCGUACAGCUGGCGCCGACCGGUUCGCUGUCCGGAAAGCUGGCGCCGACCGGUCCGCUCUGGCGCUGACCGGCCCGCUGUCCGGCCACUGGCGCUAA